GUCCACGUGUUCAAAUGGCGUUUUUCGUUUUCCUUUCCUUUGUGUUUUGCUAAACCCACUACUACGGUAGCAACCGGUUCUGUAAUUGGGUACGGUGGCGGCGAUGGAUAAGAGUCCCACAAAGUUAGAUUACUAUGAUGACAUGUGGAAGCUUCAUUCUACUGCCACACUUGUUUCUCAUUUCAAGGGUGAUGAUGGAAGAAAUGUUUUGAUAUUGGACCGGACUAUUUUCUAUCCACAAGGUGGUGGUCAGCCGGCAGACACUGGUUUCAUACAUAUUACUAUUGAUGACUUCAAUAUCAAGUUUGUUGUUCAUGAUGUUCGAUCCAAAGAUGGAAUUGUUUUACACUAUGGUGUUUUUGAGGGUUUGGAAGGGGACUUUGAGGACAUACUCCAGAAAGGAGGGAAGGAGGUUUCACUAUUUGUUGAUGAGCAUAGGAGAACAAUAAAUUCUAGGCUGCAUUCUGCAGGGCAUUUGCUUGAUAUUUGUCUGCCCAAAAUUGGAUUGGGCCAUUUAGAGCCUGGCAAAGCUUACCAUUUUUCUGAUGGGCCCUGGGUUGAAUAUAAAGGUGUAAUUCCACAAAGUGAAAUGCAGAAUAAGCAAAAGGAGUUAGAGCUAGAGGCUAAUGCUUUAAUUUCCGUAGGAGGAAAAGUUUCUGUGGAUAUAUUUAUGUAUGAUGAAGCUGCUAAGCUUUGUGGCGGUAUUCUUCCCGAUUAUGUUUCCAAGGAAAGCACACCUCGCAUUGUGAGGAUAGGGGAUAAUCCGGGCUGUCCCUGCGGUGGUACACAUGUUUUAGAUAUUUCAGACAUCACAAAAAUUAAGGUUUCUCAAAUUCGGUCGAAAAAGGGAAUGACAAAAGUAUUUUACAAUGUUGAAACUUAGUUAAAUGGACGAGUCUGCUGUCAAAUAACUGUCAUGAGUCGUGACUACUCUUGUGUCAAGUAACUGUCGUGAGUCGUGACUACUCUUGGAUAAGCUAUUUCGCUAGUGACAACUGACAAGCUAAAUUUGAAUCAUGUUAGUCACUUAUGAACAAAUUAUGGUUUUCAUACCACCACAAAACAGUGGCUGCUAUAAGGUUUGUAUGGUUUGAUGAGUUUGAAAAGAACAAUAUUGCAAUAGCUUUAGUGUGUGAUGAUAGUGACACAUAAAUAUAUACAGCAUAUAUAUAGAGAUAUUCUUUA